UUGAGGGGAGCAAACGUGAACCAUUUUAUUUUAUUUUAUUUUAUUUUUUUCUCGAGAACAAAACUAGGGAAAAAUGAGAAGUAAGAGUGUAGGGAAACGUAGGGAUGCGGCAUGCGCAACUGCUCCUUCACUCUUCGCCAUUCCUCUCAUUUUGGAUGAACAUAACGUAACUGCGUUUGAUAGUGAGAGUGACGAUGUCAAUUGCGUUCAUCGCCGUCCCGAACCUGGACCCGAGUUUGUGGAGUGCUUGGACAGGAGCAUCUGCGUAUUCUGUGACGAUAAAGCCGAAGAGGGAAUUUUGGUUUGCAGCGAAAGGCUGUGCCCUGUCACAGUACAUUCCAACUGUAUCGGUUCCGAACCCAAAUUCGAUUAUUUGGGUCACUUCUACUGCCCCUACUGCUGGUACAAGCGCGCCCUGGACACGUGCCGGCAACUGAGAGAGAAAUCCCUGGUCGCCAAGAAAGCUUUGUCACACUUCUUGGAGAGUGGCGCACGUGCAGAUUCUGCUGUUGCACGGGCGGGCCUGGUUCAGGAUGGGAUACAAUGUGUGGAGGAAACACAAUCUGAAGAGAAUAAUAAUACAGAUGAAGAAAAGGUGUCGGUGUCUGUGACGGUUAGUUCUGUGAGUGAGACCAACGAUGAAGAGCCUAAUGUCGUUUUAGCAAAGACAAGGAAGGACCAGAGGAAGGGUCCUUCUGCAAGGAGGAGGCGUUUGUUACAACAAGAAGAGUAUAAACAUUCUAACACCAGAAGGAAGAUUGCUGGUAAUGUAACAGAGGAGGAAGUUACCAGCUUCCAAACUUUGAGGCGACCACAGAAGUCGAUCGUGAAAGGAAUGAAUCGGACUUCACUGACUGCAAGGCGCAAGAGAUUACUUUGGACCCUUGAAGAAGAAAAGGUUCUGAAGAUUCAUUCAAAAAGAGGAAAAGGUUGGACCAAAACAUUACAUAAAUUAUAACCAAUAACUUGCUCAAGGAUACAAUAUUAGGGGUGAAAUAUGCCCUAUUGUACUAAAUGACAUUGAUGAGUGCAAUGAGUGGUUAAUAGGACAAGUGGAUGAUGAUAAUGAUAAUGAUAUUGAAGAAGCGGGAAAUGAGUUGAUUUUUGAUGAUGAUCUCACUCUUAAUUAGGCAAUUGUUUAUGAAGCUUGAGAUGUUGGAGAAUCAAUAAUUUAUACAAGGAGACAAGCAAGCAAAAAAAGGAAGCAAUCAUCAAGUGGUGGCAUUGUUAUUGGAUCUUCCUCUGCUUUUAAGAAAGGUCCAGGUGCAACUUCAGCUCAAUAGGAAGGAAGGGCAAAAAGACAAUGCAAAUUGGAGUUGAGAAUGAAUUGCAAUUGAAUAGCUCUGACUACGAGUUUUAAAAGUUAUGUAACUUGACAAGCAUAUUUCUUUUUGAAGGGAAAGAUGAGGAGGCAUAUGCAUCGUUAGAUAAUAUUGGAGAUAAUUAUGUUGGCAUGGAAGAAGAGUGAGAUACUUAGAAAUUUAGGACUUUUUCCUCACGUUUUGAUGUUAUUUGUAAGUUUUGAACUUGAAAUUCGUUGUGUGUUGAUUUGAUGUUAUUGUUAUUUGAAUUUCUAGACAUAUUAUUGUUAUUAUUAAUUAUAGUUGUCUCUUUCAUUAUUUUUGCGAUACAAUUAUGUUUUUGCAUUUUCUUUAAAUUAUCUAUUUGUAUAUAUUGUAUUUCUUUUGUCUGCUAUGCUUCCUCCAUAACCUAUUGUGGUUUCCGAUAUAGUUUUAUAAAGGCUUUUUGGG